AUGACGAUGUCCACCCAGAUGGACCACAUCCCCCUCAUCCACUCGUAUCUUAUCGCCAUGCAACAUCUGAACAUCGAGGCUGUCAAUACCGCGUUCAACGACUUCCUCAACGAGGAGGAAGACUACAUAACGUUGCGGGACUCUAUCGACGGCGUUAACAAUUGCAACAAUAUCAAACCCUGCUCAACAGGACAGUCGAGGAGAUGGAGGACGACCGCAGGGGCGAACGCGUCGGGCGAAGAUCGUGAUGUCGACAUCCAUCAGCACGCUAUUGUCCGCAAUGUCGCCCUUGACCACUUCGUCCGUGUCAUGUCUACCUUGCAUCUUUGGCUGUGCCACUCAGCAUUCGUCCGCCGGUUCUUCGAGCGCGUGCUCGCGGACGAGACGCGUUGCCUUACGAAGAUCGUAUCUUCCCCACACUGGUCUUCAAGUAUGCGGAUGGGACGGCUCUUCUGGAAGAGCUGGUUCCCCGUCGGUGAGGACUUGCUCGACGUGCUCAAGAUGAAUCUGGCUGCAGUGCUUUUUCGGCUGCACAAGCGACACAUCAAACAAGGCCUGACGUGCUUCAGGCUCGGCGGUGUCGCGCGCGCGCUGAGGUGGCGCACCAUGAGCAGGCUGGAGGAUGAGACACUCGCGAUCGUGAUCCUGCUGGAUGUGGAUGCAUUCGAGCUGGUGAGCCCCCCUCCCGGAGGUACGCUCUUCAGAAGUAUCUGCAUUGGGCCCGGCUUGCAAUGA